AGAGGCAUGUUUACCGACUGUCUCCCCUCCUGACGACCAAAAGGCUCGUCAGACGAAUAUUCAAACCUCGGACAUCCAAUCGACAACCUUAGCUUAUAAAUACAGACCUUCUCCAAUGCCUUCCAAUUCUUCUACUCCCAAAAUAUUUAAGAACUCACCAGUCACCACGACUAUGUUCCCCUUCUUGAAAUCCUUGUCGAGAACGGUCCACGGAGAGCAAUGCAACGAGGAGCAGCAGCCAGAAUAUCUUCCCAAAAUUAUUCCAACUGUGAGAAGAACCCAUGACGCAGCAGGGCAUCGGCAGGAGGAAGAGAAUUUAAUCGUAAAGGGCGGUGCAGUGAAACCAGGUACUUGCAAGUCAUUAACGGUGUGGAGGAAGUCGCUCUUGGUCAGCUGCAAAGGGUUCACGGUGAUCGAUUCCAAUGGCAAUUUAGCAUACCGGGUCGACAAUUAUACCAGGCAUCGUCCUCAAGAGGUGGUUCUCAUGGAUGCAACUGGAAAAUCUGUCCUCACGUUGCGUCGUCAAAAGAAGCUGGGGAUAUUGGGCAACUGGCUAGUCUACGAAGGGGAGGUAGGAAGUAAUACCAUCAAAUCUAGGAAGAAGCCUCUCUGCUGCGUCAGGAAGCAGAUGAAUGCCCUGAGCAAUGCCAGAUCAAGGAUCCUCGCGUCUGUUUCCAGUUGUUCGGGCAGCUUGAGGUCGAGCGGGAAGCGAGAUUUCGUGAUCGAGGGAUCGUAUGCGAACCGGUCAUGCAAGGUGGUGGAGGAAGAGUCGCUAGAGGUGGUGGCGGAGGUAAGGAGGAAGGAGGAGAUGGUCAGAGGGGUCGCGUUCGGGUUAGAGGUGUUUGUGUUGGUCGUGCAGCCGGGAUUUGAUGUCGGGUUUGCAAUGGCACUGGUUCUACUGUUGGAUCAGAUGUUUUCUUAGUAAUUUUGGCAAUUACAAGAUGUUUUUCUUAAUUUAGUUUUUAUACUAGAGGAU